AUGGGGCGGGUCAACCAUACUAUGGUGACUCAUUUCAUUCUCUUAGGGAUCCCCAACACCGAUGGCCUCCAGACCAGCCUCUUUGUCACCUUCUUAGCCUUCUUCUUCUGCACCCUGCUGGGCAACCUGCUCAUUUUCUCAGCCAUCCUCGCCGACGCCCGCCUGCACACCCCCAGGCUGUGCUUCUUCCUCAGCAAUCUGUCCAUCAUAGACCCUGGAUUCUCUUCCAUCAGCACCCCCAAAUUUCUGGCCAACCUCUGGGCGAAGAGUAGAACCAUCUCUCUGGGCGGGUGCAUGUUCCAGGUCUUCUUCUGGCACUUCCUGGGCAGCACCAAGUGCCUUCUCUGCACUGUCAUGGCCUAUGACCGGUACGUGACCAUCUGCCACCCGCUGCGCUACCAGCUCAUCAUGAACCGGAGGGUAUGUGCCUUCCUGGCCGCCGGCACCUGGAUCGCCAGCUACUUCUGUGCCACCAUCCUCACCAGCCUGACC